AUGAAAAAACACAUCAGGAAAGGUUGUGAGAUGUCGAAGUUUGAUUUCAACUCAAAAACGUUUACGCCUGGUCAAACUGGCAAACGUCAACCUCGGGCAACCGGUAAUAAUUAUAAUGGACUGAGAAGUAAUAAGGCCAAGUCAUAUGAGGAAUAUCUUACCUCUCGCGCUCAGCCUACUCGUCAGAGAUCUCGUGUAGAUCUCAGUAGUAUUAGCGGGUCCGAACAAUCAUCAGGAUAUAAUACCCCAACAUCCAGAUCGAUGUCUGAUACUCCUUCAGUGUCUUCUAUCAACUCUGCGUUGAGCAAGUUGGAGAUUACUCCUAUUUCGGAUGAAUUGGAGGUGUUGAACCGUGUGCAGAAGAUAUCUGAGGCGCGUGAACAAUGUAACAAGAUCACGGAUGUGAUUGUCAAUUCCGGUGUUGAUUGUAUUGCUGAAUGGAAUCUUCUCAAAACAUUGAAGGCUCUCAAUAAGUCAAAGAAUAGUGCUCUAGUGAGAGAAUCGUCAAUGAUCCUCUUACAGACGUUGGUGCGUAGGUUUGCGGGCCAAAUGCCCAAAGAGGCAUAUUUUGCUCCACUUUUUGAGGCUGCCUUUGAUGUUUUUGCCGAUAAAGAGAGAACGGUCAAACGUAGUGCUCAGGUUGCCAUCGAUGCACUUUAUGGAAUGUUUCCUGCCGAGGCUAAAUCUUCUAUAGUCAUUGGAGAGUUCCUUACUUACAUGAAAACUGGUGCAAAAUGGCAGAGUAAAGUGGCUGCGUUGAAGCAGUUUGAGAAGUUGGUUGCUGAAUGUCCGGCGGAUCUUAUCGAGAUGAUCUUUUAUAAAGCUAUUCCUGUUCUUACUGAUAUGGCUACUGACUUUAAACCAGAACUUGCCGCUGAAGGUAUCAAGACACUCAAGAGUUUCCUUAAAGUGCUCGACAAUUUGGAUCUUUGCCCUAGAUACGAUCUCAUAGCCGAGACUCUUGCCGAUCCCCAUAAAGUUCCUGAGUGUAUUAAGGCAUUGUCGGCCGUGACGUUUGUUGCCGAGGUCACUGAACCUGCCUUAUCUAUGGUUAUUCCAAUUUUGGACAAAUCCUUGAAGAUGGCCACGUCUUCUCAGGAACAGCUCAGACAGACUGUGAAAAUCACCGAAAACUUGACCAGAUUGAUCAAUAAUAGACGUGAGAUUGCCAGAUUCAUUCCAAUUCUUUUGCCUGAUAUCAAACAUGUUGUCGAUACUGCUGCUUUGCCUGAGGUGAGAUAUAUGGCUUCUGAGGCUUUGAAAGUGUUGGAAGCUGCCGAUGCUGAGGAGAGAGAUGGUAAGUUUCAUGGACGUCUUGAUGCUCAUUAUACUGCCAAGUAUCUUUCUGUCAUUGAGAAAAAGAUUGCUGAUGGCACUAUGUUUGAUUACUUGGUGACCAUUACGAUGGCGGAUGCCAACGUCUGGGAUUGGAAAUCGCUGGCUGAGUACUUUGAAAUGGCUUUUCCAAGUUAUUACGAUGAUGACGAGGAAGAGGCAAAGCAAGUUGCCGAUAAUAUUGUUGGGCAGUUGAAAGCUCUCAUGACACCAAAUGCCGUUAAAGAACCUGAUGAUGGUGAGACUGUCAUUGUCAACACGGAUUUUUCGUUGGCGUAUGGUGCACGUAUGUUGCUUAAUAAGACAAAUAUUCGUUUAGCACAGGGCCAUCGAUAUGGUCUAUGUGGUAGGAACGGUGUGGGUAAAUCGACGUUGCUAAGGGCCAUUGCCAACGGUCAAUUAGAGGGAUUCCCAGAUAAGAACGAAUUGAGAACGUGUUUUGUGGAGCAUAAGCUUCAAUAUGCGAGUGGAGAGUCGAAUUUGGUGGAUUUCAUCAAGAAGGAUCCCGAGUUACAGGAUGCUACCAGUGCAGAAGUGGCUAAAACAUUAGAGGAAGUUGGAUUUGAUGAUGAGAAGCGUAAACAGAGUAUCGGCGCCUUGUCUGGAGGUUGGAAGAUGAAACUUGAAUUAGCUAGAGGUAUGUUGAUGAAGGCCGAUGUUCUUCUUCUCGAUGAGCCUACCAAUCAUUUGGAUCAGCAGAAUGUGAGGUGGUUGGAAGAAUAUUUGCUCAGACAUGUGAAUAUUACCUCAUUGAUCGUGUCUCAUGAUACAGAUUUCUUGGAUACCAUUUGUACUGAUAUCAUUCAUUAUGAGAACAAGAAAUUGGUGUUCUACAAGGGUAAUUUGUCUGACUUUGUGGCAAUAAAGCCUGAGGCCAAGGCAUACUACACUUUGACGGAUUCCAAUGUUAAAAUGCAUUUCCCUAAACCGGGUAUUUUGACUGGUGUGAAAUCUAACACUCGUGCCGUGGCUAAGAUGUCCAAAGUGACAUAUACUUACCCCGGUGGAGACAAACCCUCGUUGGCAGAUGUUUCGUGUUCCAUUUCCAUGUCUUCGAGAGUAGCUGUCUUGGGACCCAACGGUGCGGGUAAAUCAACUCUUAUUAAGCUACUCACAGGAGAGUUGGUGCCUGAAGAAGGUACCGUUGAGAAGCAUCCCAACCUACGUAUUGGCUAUAUUGCUCAGAAUGCUUUCCAUCAUGUUUCACAGCAUAAGGAGAAGACUCCUAACCAAUACCUACAAUGGAGAUAUAGAUUCGGCGAUGAUAAUGAAGUUGUGAUGAAGGAGUCUCGUAAGAUUACGGAUAAUGCAGAGAAGGAGAUGUUUGAAGGUACUAUUGAUGUGGCGGAUGGCCGUGGUGCAAGACAGAUCGAGGCUCUUGUUGGCCGUCAAAAAUACAAGCGUUCGUUCCAGUACGAGGUGAAAUGGUUGAACUGGCUUCCAAAGUGCAAUUCUUGGGUUCCAAGAGAUGUCUUGAUUGAACAUGGAUUCGAACCUUUGGUGCUGAAGUUCGAUGACCAUGAAGCUUCUAGAGAAGGUUUGGGUUAUAGAGACUUGACUCCUUCUGCUAUCAGAGAGCAUUUUGCCGAAAUUGGUCUUGACUCCGAGAUUGUCGACCAUACCCCAAUUGGUUCGCUAUCCGGAGGUCAGUUGGUUAAAGUGGUUAUUGCUGGUGCUAUGUGGAACAAUCCCCACGUUCUUGUUCUUGACGAGCCUACUAACUAUUUAGAUAGAGACUCGUUGGGUGCAUUGGCAGUUGCAAUUAGGGAAUGGUCGGGUGCUGUGGCGAUGAUCUCGCACAAUGCUGAGUUUGUGGGUGCUCUAUGUCCAGAACAUUGGAUUGUCGAGAACGGAGAACUUAUCACCAAAACUGUCGCUGAUAUCGAUCCUUCCAAGUUCGAAGAUAAUGGGGGAGAACAAGCUUUAGAGUCGUUUGAGGCGGCCAAACAAGCGGCCUUGGCUAAGGACGAUUCCUCUCCAGCUGACAUCAAGAUUAAGAAGAAGAAGAAGAGAAAAUUGACCAGAAACGAAAAGAAGUUACAAGUUGAAAGAAGAAGGCUACGGUACAUCACCUGGUUGAAUUCUCCAAAGGGAACUAUAAAGCCAGUGGAUAGUGAUGAAGAGUAA